AAGAAUGAAUCCAGGGGAACUGAGUCAGCAGCUGCUGCGGUCCCUCUCGGCUGCUCCCCACAACUUCCGUGGCUCAACUCAAGCCCCAUAAAUAAAUGUUACCUUUUUUUUUUUUUACUAAACACGGAAAGCGUGAGUUGCCUUUGYGUGGAGCAAGAGGCGUCUUUUGGGGGAGUAAGAGAGAAGAGGACCAUCUUGAAUCGCUGAGACGUCAUUUACCCCGAGGCUUCAUGUCUCUCAGAGUUUCAGGCAUGAGCGUUUUUCCUCCGGUUCGCCGGGACCGGGUCAUCGCUCAGCUGCCUCAGGCUUUCAGAAAGGAGGUGGCUCUUCACAUUACGGAAGAAUUCAACAACAAAGUGAGGACRGCCUGCCAGGAGCAGCGGACCGGCACUGUGGGAUUUAAAAUCUCCAAGGUCAUCGUGGUCGGUGAUCUGGCUGUGGGGAAAACCUGCCUGAUUAAUAGAUUUUGCAAGGAUGCCUUCGACAAGAACUACAAAGCGACCAUCGGUGUUGACUUUGAGAUGGAGCGCUUUGAGGUGCUCGGCGUCCCUUUCAGUCUGCAGCUUUGGGACACUGCAGGCCAGGAAAGGUUCAAGUGCAUCGCUUCGACUUACUACAGAGGAGCUCAGGUUGUGAUAAUCGCAUUUGACGUGAAUGACAUCGCCUCUCUGGGCCACGCCARGCAGUGGCUGGAGGACGCCUUGAAAGAGAAUGACCCCACCAGCGUCCAGCUCUUCCUCGUUGGCACAAAAAAGGACCUGAGUUCCCCUGCUCAGUAUUCCCGGAUCGAACAAGACGCCAUGAAAUUUGCGAGAGAGAUUCAUGCCGAGUACUGGGCUGUCUCAUCGCUGACAGGGGAAAACGUCAAAGAGUUCUUCUUUCGAGUCGCCGCUCUGGCCUUUGAAACAAACGUUCUCGCCGAGUUGGAGAAAAGCGGAUCGAGGCAGAUUGGCGAYGUUGUCAAAAUCAACAGCACUUCAAGCAAUCUGUAUGCCACAAAGAAGAAGCAGGCCAACUGCUGUCAGUAAGGAUGGGAUAAAGGUUUUAUUUUAUUUUAAUUUUUUUUUUUUUUAAACAAACGCACAGACUCUGAAUGAGACUUUUUCUCAGCGGUGGUUGAGUGUGGCUGCCGUCCAGCUUAGUUGGGAGGAUUUCUGUGGCUAGAAAAGGAGGGGAGCAUUUCAUGGCAUGUUUACAGUCUGUAUCAUUUUUU